UGCUAUAUCUUGGUUGAGCACUUAUCUUCACACACACGACGUCCGUCAUCGCGCCACACCACACACACGCGCGUGUAAUUCAUUAAAUGAAUUGUAACUACGUUGUUAUAAGGAUUUAAAUCAAAUAAUUCAUGUUUUAGAAAUAUUUUAGUUCAAGACGGAUUACUGUUCAAUGGUGAUGUGUGUGAUUUAGUGAACCGUUGGAAGUUUACAUGAAAAAUGGGUGCCCUUGAUUGUGUUAAUACAAAAAUGGCUGCAACCGGUAGCACUGAAGCCUUUACAAUUAAUAUUUCAUCGAAUACUACUUUAAAUGUAUCGACAAGAGAUAUAGAGUCUCACACAACAAAGUCGAGAGCGUGCAGAACAAGAUUCAACUUACGUUGGCUAUUGGGUGUCGAUCUGCCGCUGCUGUUGAUAGUGCUUGCUCUCAUCGGUUUGUUCGAGUUGGGCAUCAUACCGAACAGAAAAGCGGGUUUCUUCUGUAACGAUGCUGCUAUAUCCUUCGACUACACAGGAGAGACGGUGACCAGCCUCAUCCUUAUGACAACUAUAUUCAUAAUACCUAUCGGAGUUUUCAUGAUAACAGAAUAUAUAUUCACACCUAACGAAAUACCACUGUCGGAUAGAACGAUGAGGGCCUUCCUGAAGAGCUCGUGGCUUUUCAAAACGUACUUAUACGGCUUCAUGAUGAACCUUUGCAUCGUGGAAGUUAUGAAGGGUAUCGUUGGUAAUCCAAGACCUGUGUUCUUCGCGCUGUGCCAACCAGACACUGCUAAGACGUGUAACGGCACGGAUUUCGUGAGUACUUUCGAGUGCACGUCAUCGUACUCCCGCUGGUACCGGAUGGAUUCGUAUCGGAGUUUUCCGUCGGGGCACACAUCGUUGUCCGUAUACUGCGGGUUUUUCCUGGCGUGGUACCUUCAAAAGCGGGCCUUCAACUGGUCCUACCGCUCCGAGCUGGUGGUCCCGGUGGUCCAGCUCCUCUGCGUGUCGUACUCCGUGCUGUGCUCGCUCACCAGGAUCACGGACCGCAUGCACCACUGGUGGGACGUCCUGAUCGGAUCCGCCAUUGGACUGAUCACUUUGUUGUACACCGUGAUAUUUUUAAACGACAACUUCUCGUACUUCAACACGAGCGACUCAGGGGAGGAGGGGGGUACCGCGCCCACGAGAACAGUAUUAUUCGAUGAAAGAAGAGAUAGCUAAUAUUUUAAUAGUGAAUUACACGUAACUCUCAUUAUAACACGGUAUUUUACAACACGGUUCCACUAUAACACGAAAAGAAAAUAUCCCCAAAACCCUCUUUAUAACACGAUACUUGUAUAACAAGAUAACGUGUUUUUUGUUUAAAAUUAUUUAGAUAAUUACAUUUAACACUUUCAACGCGUAAUAUAUGGAAGUAACCGAUAUUUUCCAGCUUAUUGUUUUAUGUUUAAUAGAUGAAAAAAAUACAGGCAUAGUUGAGCUGUUUCGUUCAGAAAAAUUAGUCUCCUUUUUGUAUUGGCUUCUAUUCUCAUAUAACACGGUUUCGCAGAACACGGGUCUUUGUAGGAAUGUAGCUACCGUGUUAUAAUAGGGUUACCUAUGAUUAAUAUAAUUGUUAUUUUUUAAUAUUUGUUCGUGUCAUUUCUGAAUGAGCUAUAAGCUUUGUUAUGUUUCUGUUCACGAGUAAGAACUUAAGAACUAAGUUUGUUGGCUAAUGGAACUCCAAUCUUUUAUUGUGAUAAAAUUUGAGACGCUCCAGUGAAACUGAUUGAAUUUCUUGAAAAUGACAAAAUGAGUGAAUGAAUAAAUGAUCGAUAUUAUUUUUUACACUCCUUACUUCACAACCGAAAGGUUAUUCAUCAAAGACUGAUGAUUCUAUAUACAUAUAUGUAUAUAUUUGAAUUACCUUACAUAAUAAUAUGUUGAGGUUGCCAUACAAUUAGAUUUUGUUUUAAGUAAAACGUUGUAUAGUAUUAUGUUGUAUGUAAGUUACUAUAUCAUUAGGAUAUAUUUAUUUAUACGAUUGUUUUUAUACAGAUAAGUCUAAGUCGCAGGUUCGAUGUUGGUCAAGUACGAUAAUUCCCGAUAACUUAUGCAAAUUAUCUUAUUUUUCAGGAGAAACGUUGGAAAAUUCAACAUCUUAUUGUAUAUAAUUCUUAUAUUUUUUUUUUUAUUGCUUUGAUGGGUGGACGAGCUCACCACCCACCUGGUGUUAAGUGGUUACUGGAGCCCAUAGACAUCUACAACGUAAAUGCGCCACCCACCUUGAGAUAUAAGUUCUAAGGUCUCAGUAUAGUUACAACGGCUGCCCCACCCUUCAAACCGAAACGCAUUACUGCUUCACGGCAGAAAUAGGCAGGGUGUUGGUACCUACCCGUGCGGACUCACAAGAGGUCCUCCCACCAGUAAAUUCUGCUAGGCUAUAGAAAUAAAAUGAUAAUAUUUAAAUUACAAACUUCAUCAGUAAAAGCAAACAUCUCUCUCGUCAGCUCACUAUAACUAAAAAAUGUAUUUUCUCAUACCCAGUUCAGUGUUAACUGAUGAAGUUUAAAGUUGUAGUUUAAAUAUUAUUUUAUUUCUAUAGUCUGGCAGAACUAUAUAAGCAUUAUAUAAUAAGAUGAUAAUAUUUGUUUAUAUAUGUUUUUAUAUGUAUAUAUUUAUAUAUAUAUAUCUAUAUAUUUAUGUAUAUGUAUUUAUUUAAGUACUAUGUAUUAUGUAUGUUAUAUAUACACAUAAUAUAUGUUUAAGUAAUAUCCCCUUCACACUACACCUACCAAGCUUCAUCUCUGCACUCCCCUAAGGUAGACUGUUAGAGAAUGCCUAUGGCAUUAAGUCCGCCUUUAUACUUUCUAGUAUAUGAAGUUAUAAAUAAGUAAAUAAAUAAAUAAAUUUUCCAACGAUACUCAUGAAAAAUUACACAAUUUGCAUAAGUGACGUUAUCGCACCGUAUUAUGUGCGAUGUGUUCAGUCUUGUAUAUUAAUACGUGGACAUUAUCGGUGACAUUGCCACCGGUCGACUGCCGGUGACAAUAAAAAAUAUCCGUGAGAAGCGUUUUGAGUUGCAAUUAGUCGUAAAUAUAUUAACUAUUGUUUAGAAUGUACGAAAACGCGUUGCAAAAAAACUAUAGUAUAGAUCCGUCCAUUUGUAAACGAAAUAUUAACUAGUUCAAUAUAAAAGUUUAUCAAAUUUGACAUCCUUGAAAUAUUAUUACUAAAAUUUAAUUGACAAUAGUUUUAUAGUUUGUAGAUAGACGGAAGAUCUUCCGCCGAGCGGAUGACAUUGCUCGGUAGACCGACGGUCCGAAUGUUGUUGUUCGGAACUUGUAUAUAAUAAUAUGCGCUUUAUCUUGAAAAUGUCGUAAGCGAGAUUCAGACAUCUGUCAAUUAUGUUGCGUUGUAUGAUGGCUACCCGCCACAAUAGUAACUAUAAUUAUUGAACGAAUAAAUAAUUAUAGAUGAUUUAUUACUUAUUUUUAUAUAGAUGGGUUGUCAACCUAUUAACACGAAGACAAAUGAGUCGUCUAUUAUCAAAGGUGGCAAUCUGUACAUUUGGACAAAAAAAUGUUAUUGAUAUGUCAAUACAGAUUGAUUUGAAUAUAAUCGUCUCCUUCAAAGAAUACGGUUCAAAACCUGCAUUAAAUAAAGGUUAAUAGUUAACCUGUUAUUUAUCUAAGAUGUCGUUCCGAAGAGUUUUGUGACUGCCAAUGGAAUACAAAGUCAAUAAUUCGUUUUUCUGAUAUACCAAUAAUUGUCCAAAAGUCAGAUUGCCGGCUUUGAUAAUAGUCGACUCAAAUAAUAUUAAUUAAGUGUUUGAAAUAAAAGUGCUAUGAGAGAGUAGAAGAUACGCUCUGUCCCUUUCUCAAGAAACGCGGGUAUAAUAGAAUUUACCUCGCGUUUGAUGACGUCACUGUUGCUAUACGAAUCUUAAAUCUGAUUCGAUUUCAUUAAUUGGCUGUAUUCGAUUUGUAUUUUAACAAAAUUAUCAGUCAGUCUGCAUUUAGUUUUAAACAAAAAUCACCUUUAUUCGCUUGUGAAUUGUUGAUUAAUCUCUCGUUUGAUCUCGAAAUUUCGAAUACAAUUAAGGAAUCAAUAAUUUUAAAAUCUCCGUUAGUUUUACGCCACGCAGCGUCCGAUUACAGCAUCGAUCGAGAUCAUUAACAUGCGACAUAAUCCUCCGAUAUCGAGAAUUCAUACCACAGUAUUGAAUUAGAAUAGCAACCUUAAAAAACUCGACGUUCGUUAUAAGGGUAUCCAUCUUGUGUUUUAAUUUCAUAAUAUGUCUCUCAACGUCAAAUACAAUUAACAAUUUACAUAUGUCAAAGCAUGAGUUCGUUUUCGACUGCUAUUUAUAAAUUUGACAGUUAGGAUUUUAAAAGGCAUCUUUGUGUGACGUUUUUGUGUACGGACAGUUCUUUCUACUCGUAGUAUUUUUAGUGAUUUUAAAUGGAUAAAGUCAUAUGAAGUUUGUGUUGUUUGUAUUUAGCUAUAGUAUACUGUAUAUUUUUUGUAAAUAAAAAUAUAAAUGACAUUG